GUCCUCCGGGCCAUUGUGUGGCGCUGUCUCCCCCGCAGCGUCCUCGUCGAGCAGCGCAGGAGAAAGCAGUGAGCACGGCGGCUGCUUCCUGUCGCUCACAUGUACACACUUAUCACCAGAUUAAAAUAAUGGCUUCUUCAAAGAGUAACGACUCCACGAACAGCGGCCUUCAAGACAGCAAUGCAGGAAACAACGACGAGGAAAAAGAGGAGCUGUGUCCCGGGUUCAAAGACGUCGACGCCUUCGUGAAAUAUGGAUUGGGUGCUGUGCUAUCAGCCACCAAGGCCUCCGCCGGCUUGCCUCAAGCUGGAGAUGAAUAUGAUUUCUACCGGAGCUUCCCGGGCUUCCAGGAGUUCUGUGAGAGUCAAGGAGAUAAGCUCCUGCACUGCAUGAGUCAGAUAAUGCGGCACCAUGGCUGCAGAUCUCACAUAAGAGACCAGAGCAAGCUGACAGGGCUGGAGGAGAGAUUUGACUUGGUCGUGGACUCGAAUGACGUCAUCCUCGAAAGAGCGGGGAUUCUUCUUGAUGAAGCUGAUGGGGUGAAUAGGAGCCAGCAGCCUGUCAUGCCUGCAGGGUUUCAGCCUCCUAAGAUUGUUGUUUCCAGCUGGAAUCGCAAGGGUUCAGGCUCUAGCAGUCGUGCCGAGACAUUCCGACUGCUCCACGCCAAGAACGUUGCGAGGCCGCAGCUGAAAUUCAAGGAAAAAGUAGACAACAGCAACGCACCAUUUAUUCCCAAGAUCUUCAUCAAGCCCAACGCAAUAAAGCCCCUUCCUUCUUAUUUUACCAACAAACAAAUCCAAAAAGAGAGGCCUGAGGAUGUUGAUGUGCCAGCUGCCCUGGCUGAUUUCAUUCACCAGCAAAGAACUCAGAAACCUGUUGAAGACAUGUUUGCACACCCAUACCAGUAUGAAUUGGAUCAUCUUACAACUCCAGAAAGCCUCCUGUCUAAGCCAGAACCACAGAUGUACACACCAAUCACCGAGACCAAGUGUUCCUUCAUCGACACCCUGGAGGAUCUGGUGGCACUGAAUGAGAAGCUGUGCAGAUUGUCUGAAUUUGCUGUUGACCUUGAGCACCAUUCCUACAGGAGUUUCCUCGGCAUCACCUCUCUGAUGCAGAUCUCCACCAGGGAUGAGGAUUUCAUCGUCGACACCUUGCAGCUCCGCGGCGAGAUGUACAUCCUGAACGAAGCGUUCACUGACCCGUCUAUUGUCAAGGUGUUUCAUGGUUCAGACUCUGACAUCGACUGGCUCCAGAGAGACUUUGGCGUGUAUGUUGUCAACCUUUUCGACACGCAUCAGGCCAGCCGGGCUUUAAACAUGGCCAGACAUUCCCUCGACCACCUGCUCAAACACUUCUGCAAUGUGGACUCCGACAAACGCUACCAGCUGGCCGACUGGAGGAUUCGCCCCUUGCCAGAUGAGAUGUUUCAGUACGCCCGGACAGACACACACUACCUCCUUUACAUCUAUGACUGUGUGAGGGCACAGCUCUUGGACUUUAACCACGGGCAGCCUGGCCUGUUGCAGAGUGUCUGGAACAAGAGCAAGGACAUUUCCCUGAAGAGAUAUUUGAAACCUAUAUACACAGAGGAGUCAUAUUUGGAGCUGCAGAGGAAGCAGAAAAAGUUGUUUAACACCCAGCAGCUCACUGCCUUCAGACUGCUGUUUGCCUGGAGGAACAAGCUGGCCAGGCAGGAAGAUGAAAGCACUGGAUACGUCCUGCCCACCCACAUGAUGAUCAAGAUAUCUGAAGAGCUGCCCAAGGAGCCUCAGGGCAUCAUUGCCUGUUGUAACCCUGUCCCCCCAGUGGUGAGGCAGCAGAGCAAUGAGCUCCACUUGUUAGUGCAGCAAGCACGAGAAAUGCCCCUCCUUAAGGCUGAGAUUGCUGCUCAAAAGUCUAAGGGGCUCACAACCAUAAAAAAGCCAGAGGUGACAUUGUUUGGACCCCACGAUACCUCCAGGGUCUCCGAAAGCGACCUCCCCCAAUUUUCUCCCAAUGAACUGCCUGUUAAAAAGGGAAUGCUCUUCUCAGAAGAUGAGCACCAAAUGGAUGAUGAUGAUGAUCAGAGAACAUGUGGUCUCAUGGCAUCAGCUAAAAUCACGCUGUUUGAGGAGCUGGAGACAAAGAAAGACCAGGAGUCUCUUUCUGCUCCUCACAUGAAAGCCAGGCGCAUCAUUGAGUCUUUUGAAAACCCUUUCAGAAUGUAUUUACCCACCAGUGACGUGCACAUCAGCAAGAAUGCCAAGUUUGACCCUUCUUCAAAAAUAUUUGAGAUUAGUAAAAGAUGGAAACUGCAGAGUAUGGAACAGCAACAGAAGGAGUUGGAGGCCAAGAAGAAAGCCAAGCAAGAAGGAAAGGAACAGGCAAAGAAAGCGAAUGAGGAAAGAAACAAGGAGAAACAAAGCUACCAGGAGUCUCUAGCAAACGUCAUCACCAUUCGCCAACAAGCAGCGGAAUCUGGAAAAAGUGUCGGAAAGAAAAGGGAGAGGGUUGCCAGUUUGGUUGGAGAGUCGACUCCCAGACCGACCAAGAAACUGAUGAAAUCUGCAGAGAAGCCAGAAAAGCCAGAAAAGCCAGAAAAGCCAGAGAAGCCAGAGAAGCCUCCCCAAGAUGUCUUCACACCCUUCGACUACACUCAGUCAGACCUCAAAGUCUUUGCCGACCCCAAAUCAAAGGACAACACACAGUUUGAUCCAAACCGGCAAAGCCAUGAUGGCAAGAAAAAGAGAGGCCCCAAGGGACAAAAAUCCAAUUUUGCAGCUGGAAACAGAAGUAUGUCGUACCUGACUGGGAGAUCUGACAGGGGAUUCCGGCAUAACUGGCCCAAAAGAUAAGACUGUUGUUCAUUUUCAGUUUUUUGUUGUUUUAUUUUUUCAUCCUGAGGAACCGAUGACCCCACCUUGCCUUCCUGCAAAUGGAAUUCAGUAUUUCAAUAUAUAAUGAAUUUGUAUUGUUUUUCCAUCUUUGGAACAGUGUAUCCUGUAAAUAUGUGGAAACACAGGCCUCUUCAUUAAAGAUGGUUUUAGAGGAUGGAGUUCCUCGUCUUCAGUUUUUUAACUAAACGAAACAGUUUGAUGAAAUGUAAUGUUUCAUUUUAUGGAUAUCGAAGUAUUUUUUACAACCGUUGCCACUGAUAUUAAGGCAAUAGUGAAGGCUAAAUGAUACCAUCCUGUUCCUUCAACCUCACUCUUCUGGAAAGGCUUCACACACACACAAAAUAAUUUUGUAACCUGCCCGCAGGGACUUGGUAUAAUUCAUUAAGUGUUGUGCCACAGGUUAGUCUGGGCCAAAUCUGAUUUGAAACCCAAAGAUGAAAGAACACCAUUGUCUUAAAUACCGUUGUGCACUGUCACGUUAAGAUUUGCCUUGAGCAAAGUGAUCAUAUCCAAUCCAGAAUAAACAGCCAGCAGGCUCCGGGCAUGUGAGACCUUUGAAUGUGUGCAUUUGGGAAGUGCCAGAAAAUGCUCUGGCCUUGAUCACCCCUGUCCAUUUGUUUGUUGGUAGGAUAGUUUGUAUGUAAGCAAGAUUAUGUAAAAAAAUGACUGGAUGGAUUUCCUCAACAGUUGGUGAUAGGAUGUGGUAUGUGUCAGGAGCGAAUCCAUUAAAUGUUGGUGCAGGUCCAGGAGUUUUCUUUAUCAUUGUGAGAUGGGACCUUGUUCAACAUUUUUGUUCCUCAGAGAAUAAUAAAUGGAUCUUAUUAAAAAAUCUGUCUGUAAUGAAUUCAAAUUAAACCUAAGGGAGCUCUGCACUUCA